CCUGUUACUGGUCUUCUUAUAUCUCAUUUUGAGCUUGUGGCUGAACCAAAACAAAUCAGCGAAAGCUUAACGAGGAGUCUUCCCGAUUCAGGAACACCACUCGAAUCUUUAUUUGAUCAGAUUCGCUUCAACGAAACUGAAUCCAUGAAUGAUACAACGAAUUCAAUGCUGGAUCCGGGUAUUUCGUCGUUGAUCGAGCUCAACAAAUUAACCGGGGAACUAACUUUUAAAAGGCGCAUAGAUUAUGAAGAAUUAGCCAACAAGACUCUGCAGUUUCAAGUUCAGGCAAUCGCUGGGGAAGCGGAGGAUAAACGAAUGAGUUUAGCGACAGUGAAACUCGAUAUAUUGGAUGCCAACGACAACAGUCCAACGUUCAUUGAAGAGGAGUAUAAAGUAAAAAUAUCAGAGUCCAUUCACCAUCCGGAUGUUUUGGUCACAGUGUCAGCAACAGACAAAGAUUCUGGGAAAUUCGGACAGAUCUUGUAUUAUGUUUCGGGCGAUGGAGCUGAUCUAUUCGUCAUCGAUGAUCCAACUAAUGGAAUAGUCCGUGUGGCUCCGAACGUUUCGCUUGAUCGAGAGAAACAACCUAGUUACACCUUUACUGUCAUUGCUGCGGAUCAACCGCAAGGCAGUGAAGAGCAAAAGCGCUCCUCUGCUUUGGUAAUGGUAGAACUGAUUGAUGUGAACGACAAUGCUCCUGCUUUUACCCAACCUUCCUAUACUGCCGUUGUUCCGGAGAACGCCCCGCUCGACUGGAGCGUCUCCCAAGUAGAAGCCCUAGAUCCUGAUCAUUUAUAGUUGAGGUAAAAUGAAAUUGAAUUAAAAUUCCUAGUCAGUUUAAUGCAUUCUUUCAUUCGGAUAAGUUUUUAAAUUGAAUUCUAAAUUCUAGUACAUACUGUUAUUAUUUCUGUUUGCCCGGAAGCGGGUUGGAUCCGAAGACUGGUGGGCGGAAUGGGCAACUCACUACAUAUUUUUUUCUUUUUUUUAGAAUAUUUGCAUAAUCGUAGUCACUAAGAAGAAAUAACACAAUGAUUGGAACUCUGAACGAUGACGAUAACAUCCCAUGGUUCUUAUUUGAACUUUUUUCAAUUCUGUUACUCGUUCGAGUACACCUCGUUAUCUUUUCUUACAAUGGAAACACUUAAUACUAUAAAUAACAAACACUAAAAAUAAAACAAUUAAAAUGACGAAAUAAUGUACGAUGAAC